GAUAGCGAUCGCUGUCAGUAUUCGAUAAGCGGCGCUAGUAAGACGAUUGCAGGAUCUUCGCUGUCAAGAAGUCAGUCAGUGGUCGUACAGUAUUAUAGGGAAAUUAGUUGUGGUUGGUUGCUGGUUAACGUGAAAUAGUCCAAACGGAAAAGUGUUGUUUUAAAAUUCACUCGGUGUCGUGCCAAAAUUAUUUAAUUUUGGAUAUUUGCAAAGACCGGUUCCAACCAUGGUGCUGGCAAUGAUCAUAGGAUGAUAAUUUAUGGCCGAGUUCGACCCCGUUAGAGAAAGCUGUUUUAUUUCGCAGUGGAUCAUAAAACAGUAGAACCAAGUGGCGAGAAAGUUGUGAUUUUUUGUUGGCUAUACAUUCAUUUUCUCGUUAGGCCAACGCCAAUAAAUUCGUGUCAGUUCGCGUCGCAUAUAGGCAAACAUCUAUAAUUAGUCCGUUGACAUCCCAAGGCUAUACGCUUCAAAAUGCCAGCAAUGCCUAACCCAGACAGCAAAUCAGACUCUUCUGCCCAGAAACCACAGCCCCAGGAUGAGAAACCGCUUCGGUCCAGUACGGAGAGUCUCAGCUCUACUCCCGAGGAGGACCCGAACAGGCUGACGCGCAAGGCAGCCAUCAUGCAGGUUACAAUGGCCGUCGUGGCAAACAUCACCAUCAUCUCUUCCGGAAUGGGACUCGGAUUUCCGUCCAUCGCUAUGAUUGAACUCACCAACUCCACGAGCUCGGUGACGCUAACAGAAAAUCAAGCCUCCUGGUUCGCCUCGGUUACGUCCAUUAUGUGCCCCUUCGGUGGACUGUUGGCUGGAUUUCUGCUGGACAAAGUUGGCCGUAAAAAGACACUCUACUUUAUCAAUGUCAUAUCCAUCAUCUCGUGGGUCAUGAUGGCAUUGGCGAGCACGACUGAUUCGCUGCUACUGUUUGUACAGUUGAUGGUAGCCCGAGUGAUUAUCGGUCUCGCAAUCGGUCUCUCCAGCUCACCUGCUUCGGUUUAUGCGGCAGAAAUAUCGCAUCCCAGUUUACGUGGUCGACUCACGCUGCUGACGGCACUAUGUACCGGUUUUGGGAUGCUGUUUAUCUACACCUUGGGAUACAUGUUCAAGGACGAUUGGCGCCUCGUCUGUAUCAUCUGCAGUGUCUUCACCCUAGUGUCGCUUCUGACCGUGAUCCCGAUACCGGAGUCUCCCAGCUGGCUGGUGUCCAAGAACAAACUGCCGAAAGCGGAGAAAUGCCUCAAAAAGGUUCGCGGCGUCAAGGGCAACGACAACCCCAAAAUCCACGAAGAGCUGGAUACGUUGGCCGAAAAUAUUGCACGCUUCCGAGCCUCGCAAACGAGCAAGUCCAAGCUGGUUAUGCUGCGGAGACCAGAGGUUUACAAACCGCUCACAAUCAUGUGUACAUUCUUCUUCUUCCAACAAUUCACGGGAAUCUUUGUCAUCAUCGUGUACGCAGCUCGGUUCUCGAUUGAAGCCGGUGUCAACAUUGAUCCUUUCCUGAGUGCCGUCUUCGUUGGGCUCACUCGUGUGGUUACGACCAUCUUGAUGAGCUUCAUUUCCGACCGUUUUGGAAGACGUCCACCGGCACUAUUCUCCGGGUUUGGUAUGGCAACGUGCAUGUUCGGAUUGGCCGCUUGUACCGUGUACCCGGUUGCUGGAACAGAACUGCGAUGGAUUCCAACGUUCUUGCUGGUGGCAUUCAUUUUCUGUGCCACGCUAGGAUUCCUAACACUUCCGUUCGCCAUGAUUGCGGAGUUAUAUCCUGCAAAGGUGCGUGGCUUUGUUGCCGGUUUGACUAUCUUUGUUGGAUAUACAAUGUCCUUCAUCAUCAUCAAGGUGUACCCAUCGAUGGUACAUACAUUUGGCAGUGAAAAUGUGUUCCUAUUCUUCGGUAUCAUUUCCGUUGUUGGCAUAGGCUUCGUGUAUUUCUUCCUACCAGAAACCAAGGGUCGUACUUUGGACGAAAUUGAAAGUUACUUCCGUGGCAAGACGGAUGCCGGUGAAGUUGAGCUAAAACAAGCUUCCGAGGUAAAGGUUUGAGUUAAACUGUAGUGUACACCGGAAAUGCCACAUAACAACAAGAAAUAACUGUGAUACAAAACCAGAAUAAACACUUACAAUGUAAGCGAUUUGUAAUAGCAAAUGAAGGAACGAAAUGCGUGUAAUUAUAGGAUCUAGGCGUUAUACAAUCCGUUCGAUUUCUUUCGUUAAAAAAAAUCAGACAGUUUUGUACGUAAUUUGUUGUUGGCUCUUUUAGCCAAUUUAUUCUGAUUCCUUCGUUAACUAACCAGAUGAGACCAUAAAAUUAAGACAAAUAUUCCUCCGCUAAUUACAAUACGAAGGAAGAGAAUCCACCCUACAUUAAGAUUAGUGUAGUAAAAAUAACAGGAAAUAAAGCUUCACUGAUAAAUAGGAUAAUCGGCGUUGGAUUUGUAGCUAUCAAUCAGAAAAGCUCGACACUGCCGUGUAUUUUCGCUCGGUACAAAUAAUGACUAUAACAAAUCAUCGGUCGAUAAAUUAAUGUGAAAUAUAAGCUUGUUUAGUAGCUUUCUCUAUGUGCAAAAGAAUUUUUUUAUUUUCUGUGUGAAAGAAAAUAUUUAAAUUAGGGACAUAUCAGUCGGUUUUAUGCAUUACACAAUGAUCAUGAAUAUAGAUGAAUUGUUCAACAUUUUCUAUGGCUGCAAAUAAGACCGUGCUAUGAUGCAAAUUCAGUAAAUAUUUCCAAUAUCCUCUAAUCUUAUCAAGAAUCCUCAAUAAAAUAAAAAAAAUUAGGCAAGUACUUUUGAAUCCAUUGAAUUAUUAAGAUUUUACUUACAUAUCAACAUAGAAACUUAAAUACUCUUGAAACAACAAAAUGAGCUCACAAAAGGAAUGAAGUUUGUGGAGCCCUUCACUAUUCCAUUGAUCAAUGUUUCGAAUGGAAAGUCGAUAUUUGUACCGGCCUAGGGCAUAUGAUUCAGAUGACAUAAAUAGUUAUCAACUUUAGAGUGUAUACAUCCAUCGAGCAGGAGGUUUCUGCGGUACUUACAUGCCAAUGACGCAAGCGAAUUUUAGCAUUUUAGACACAUUUGUUACAAUAA